UUCAACGGUCAUUAGACGUUUCUGCAAUAUCUUUUCAACGUUGAAUCUACAUUUCGCGAUGUUGCUACAACGCAAUCUUGCAAUUCAACGUUUCUAAGAUGUUGAUUCAACAUUAGUGUGCUACAGCAGGCUUUAUUGAUGAUAUCACAGAUAGACUAGCGGAGUUAUUAUCGAUGUCGAAAACGGAUGUACAGAUCUGUUUCAAUAAAACAAAUGUAAAUCUCAAUUUAAUGAUGAUGGAUCAACUAGUGAACGAUGAAGUACAAACAGCAAGUAUUAACAACUCAGCUUUAAAAGUAAGCUGUCUAUUUGCCUGCUUACUUCAGAAAAAAGGACUGAUGGUUGGUACAAACAUCAACGUAGAAAGAAUGAAGGAAGAGAUGGACAAUAAGUCUCAUUUAAACACCAAAGAUAUUGCUGUACGAAAUAACAUAUUAGAUAUCUGUAUCGAUCGAGUUAAAAGCAAGACUAACGAAUGCGACGUGAUUCUUAAAUUGGUUUUAUGCGUGAUUGCAGAAACAAAACGCUAUCAUAAAAGUAUAAUAAGAUAGAAUUAAUAUUAGAUAAGCAUUAUCUGCGAUUUGACAGUAAAAUUUAUUAUUGCAACGAAUGAAAACCUAAUUCGAAUUUAAAGUUAAAAAUUUUAUACUUUUGUGCUAAUCUUAUUAUACCGCUUCAGAUUCUCAUCCUUUGAAUAACAAAAGACAUUUUUACACAAAUUUUAUCUUGUUUUUACUUUUACAAUUUUAGCGAAAAUCUGGUUAACAAUAAGUUGAAUAUUAUACUGUUCAAUAUAUUGAUUGUAAGUACUCAUAUUCUAAACUAUUAAUUUUUUUGUAAAUAUGAAAUACUGAAGUUAUGUUUUCAAUUCUAUAAAUAAAUAAAAAUGUUAAUAAAAUGCAAA